AUGCACCGAUCACGAUCAUUAUCAUCAUCACUAUCACUGCCGGCGCUGCUGGCUCUGGUAUUGAGCACGAUCGUGUCCGCCUAUCGACCCGUCCAAUUCGUCAAACACACCGGUGAGUCCGGCCGGGCCGACCAAGCCUUCAGCCUGGUCAACCACUACAAUGAAACGAGCCAACAACCCGACCUGUAUGUGCGCAUGCAGGCGUUUCGAUACCAGUCGUCGGCCCAGGGCUGGGCGGCACUCGCCCUCGGGCCCGAAAUGAAAGGAGCCCUCAUGUUCAUCAUCUACGGCGACCCUGCGGCGCCCGACCCCCAUCUGACCAUGACCGUGCGCACCGCCGACGGCCAUCACCCGCCUCGCCCGCUGGACGAGAUGAAGGACUUCUACAGCGGCGACGUGCCCGACGUCGACGUCGUCACGGCCCAUUUCGAGCCGUACACAGGCGACUUCUUCCACGAGGAACUCAAGCAGAAGCCGUCGCAUCUGGGUAUCGCCGAGUUCAUCGUGCGCGGAUACAAUCGCUGGACGGCCGCCGUGCUGCCUGUCUCCAAUGCCACGACCGGCCAGGCCAUGAUCUGGAGCAGCAACUUCAAGCAGGAUUUCGGCGGCGACUUCUCGCCCGAGCGCAAUAUCGACAUGCAUCAGUUUGGACUGGGGUUCGGGUUCUUGUGGACGGAUCUGAAGAAUGCCCUGUCGCCUGUCCCGUUCUUUGGACCCAUCAAGGACACCGAGGACCACAAGGGCGUCAGCGAGACCGGCGAGCCUGCGGCACCCACUAAUGACGAAUUGACGGUUGGAGAGGCCAUCCUCCUUCAAGAGAAGGAGUUCAACAGUGGCGUUUUUGGAUCAGAUCCUUUCGCCGUUGGAGCUGGUGCGGCUGCCGGUGCAGCUGCUGGUGCAGGUGCCGUCGCCGAUUCCGACUCGACGACAAACACCCCCGGUGCGGAUGACGGCAACAAAGUCGAAGAACCUGUCAAGACGCCGAAACAGUGGAACGUUCGUUCAUUGAUGUGGCAUAUCCACGGCAUCCUCAUGACGGUCGCCUUUCUUGUGCUAUACCCUCUAGGAAUCUACUUCCUGCGCUCCAGCCGCACCACGUCCUUCAACCUACACUGGACGAUCAACUCGCUGGGCAGCAUGAGCGUCAGCAUCGGCGCGAUCGUCGGCUUCGUCAACUCGCGCUCCAUCUCCAUCGCGCACCAAUACCUCGGCAUUCUGCUGGUGUGCGCCCUCGCCGUCCAGACCGUGCUCGGCUGGCGCCACCACAUCGUGUACCUCUCGACCAUGCAGUCGUACGGAAGAGGCCGUCCGACCUGGAUGGCCCAGGUGCACGUCUGGCUCGGCCGCGUCGUCUUGCCGUUGGGCAUGCUCAACGUCAUCUCCGGUCUGCUGUUGCGCCAUUACGGCUGGCUGACCGUCGCGUUGGCCAUCGCCGUGGCCGCCGUGCAGAUCGUCGCGCUGGUGCUCGUGGUGGGCCGCGCGAGGAAGAGACCCGGCCAAGCGAACGGGGGUACAGACGGCCAUAAGUUGGGGCCCGUGGCCGUGGCUGGUCGGGACGGGCCUUCCGCGCUGGAUGAGGCGGCCGAGUAUUUCCAGCUUACGGCGGACGAUGAGGAGUUUAGUGAUGACGAUGACAAUGCCGACGAGGGAGAGGCCGGUUCGGCCGCGGCUGUGAGAGAAAGGGAUGGGGAGUCUGCUGCUGAGCGGGCCCGCAGGGAACAGGAGGAGCAGAAACGGGAACAGCAGAAACGGCUGGCGAGGCUGGAUAAGGUAUAA